UACUCUUCAUCACCACUGAGGACCAGGAUGGAGACACCUUUCUACCACGACGACUCUCCGGCUGUCUCCGGCUGCAGCCACCUCGCUGAGGACCAGCGGGACCCAGGAACCAGGAUGCUGAUGAGUAAGAGGUCCAUGUCAGCGCCAGGCAGUCAUCACUUCCCCGGCGGUGGCGCCACAGGAGGGAGGGGGGGAACCAGCCACCUGGGGCUCGGGGGGAACAGGUCCCUGAUGUCGGCGGUGGCCUCGGCAGCGUCUCCGGGGGACAUGAACCUGCUGCAGCUGGCGCCGCCCGACCUGGAGCACCUGAUCAUUCAGACCAAUCAGGGACUGGUCACAACCAGCCCCGCGUCCAACUCCACCAACCCCUUCAUCUACCGCCACCAGGCGACCAACGAACAAGAAGGAUUCGCCGACGGCUUCGUCAAAGCGCUGGCUGACCUUCACAAGCAGAACCAGCUGCUCGGAGGCGGCCCCAUGUCCCCGUCCUCGUCCUGCUCCGUCUCCCUGCAGACGGCCUAUCACAGGAGCCUGAUGGCCGCCGCUGACCCCCCCGUCUACACCAACCUCAGCAGCUACACCCAGGGCCAGAGGCCUUAUUCUGGAGGACCCGGUGGACCACCUCAGCCUCACACCCGAGGCAUGGACGUCCCUCAGACCGUCCCCGAGGGGCCUCACCCAUCAGGUGACCCCAUGUCCCCUCCCUCCCUCUCCCCGGUCGACCUAGAGACGCAGGAGCGAAUCAGAGCCGAGCGCAAGAAGCUCCGCAACCGCGUCGCCGCGUCGAGGUGCCGCCAGCGGAAGCUGGAGCGGAUCUCGCGGCUGGAGGAGAAGGUGAAGGUUCUGAAGACCCAGAACUCAGACCUGGCCUCCACCGCCUCCAUGUUGAGGGAGCAGGUCGCCCAGCUCAAGCAGAAGGUCAAGGGUCACAUCACCAGCGGCUGCCAGAUCACUGUCAGCUCCGCGACCGCCACCAGGCCUGGACGAGGAGGACGAGGAGGACGAGGAGGGACGGGCAGCGAGGACUGCUGAGGACGAUGGACACAAGGACAAUGAGGGUUCACUCGUGCUCUUGGUCAGAGCGAGCAGAGAGCGAGCAGCUCGGCGUCUCCGGACACGAGGACGUCUCGGGGAUUCACGCGUCCUGAGAGUCCCACUAAAACCACCAUCAACCAUGGAGCCAGAGGGGGCGGGGCUUGGACAAGGGCGGAGACAGGGGUGGAACAAACGCCCGACACGAGAGACGUUUGGACUUUAAAGAAAAGACGGAAAAAGAGACAAAUGGAAACAGAUUGAAUUUAAAGAGACUGUUAAACAGCAAAUAGUGUGUGUGUGUGUGUGUGUGUGUGUGUGUGGGAGAGUGUGUGGGAGAGUGUGUGUGUGUGUGUGUUGUACCUGAUGUAAAUGUCAGUAAAGUGAGAAUCUUUGUGGGAGAGUGUGUGUGUUUUCUGUGAUUGAGUGUGUGUGUGUGGGAGUGUGUAAGUGUGUUAUUAUUACUGAACAAGUGCAUGUGAGGGAAGGAAACUGUACAAGACACGUGAAGAGUUACAGAUUUUAUUUUUCCUCAUGAUUCCUUCGUUUUUUCUAUAAAAUGAAAUAAUGAAAUGAUGAAAUGAUGAAAUAAUCAAAUCUGCAGAUUUCCAUCAGGGUUUCUCCAUUUUGAUCAGAAACUUAAGUUCUUGUUAUGAAUCCAGAUGAAUGAAUACUACUAAUAUGUGAACCCCUCUGUGUUAGGAUCAGUGUAUGUGGACGGUUACACAUUCAGCCAUAAGACAAAUUCAUGAGAACAGCCACUCUGUGUGAGUGGCUGUUCACAGACUCUAGUCCACCUGUGAUUUGGUUGUUUAACUCAUCGAUGACUCAUCAAGUCUCUCUGUCGCUGAAUCAGAUCAACAGAACUCAACACUGCACCCAAUUCCACACACACACCCACAGACACACACACAGACACACACACACACACAUAUAUAUAUAUGUUUAUAUAUUAAAACCUUUAUGAAGUGGAACAUGAAGCUGAUGUGUUCAGGUCCAGUUACUGUCGUCAAAGGAUUUUACACAAACAGAAAGUUUCCAUCUUCAUCAGCUUCACGUGAAUAUUAAGAUUAACUCUGUUGGGCCACAGUCCAGAGGCUGAGCACCAGACACUGGAGCCGACGGUGAGGACAAAGGAUUGUAAAACUUUUGGAGGGAAAACAAUCUCCAACAGGCCUGAGAAUCUCCCCCUGGUGGUUGGAAAAUGUCCUGAAGCGCCUUCAGGACCCCCGCUGAGUUCCAAGCCCCGCCCACUGAGGUCCAACUCUGACACUCAAUUGGCUUAAAGCCAGCAUCAUCCUAUGACCAGCACCUCAAGGAGGCAGAACCUCUCAGGUAGAAUAAAACCACUGAGACAUCAAUAAUUGCUGCCAUUUUCCCUGCUCUGAAGACGUCAACAGACCCCUCCGGGUCUUUCCAGAUGAUUUAGUUGCUAAAGGGGGCAACCAGAGUUAUUUUCUUUCAUUUCUUUCAUUGUCUUUUAUCUUAAGUUUGAUCUUACUUUGAUAGAGACUAUUUUUGUUUUUAACUUGAAAAGGCCGUGCACAGGAACUUGCUCGCUGGCCGAGCUCAGAGACUUUCUUGCCAAAUCCACAGCUGCGUCACCGCUGCUCAUCCCUGCAGAAGAGACGAAGCCGAAUCCCGUUCCAAGAGCAAGAGACUUCGCUCUUUUCGGUCCAGCGCUGACCUCCGUUGCAACCACGAGACCCACCGGAGCACCGCUUUAGAGGCCAGGACACUGAUUUGUUUUCCAGGAAUCCGCCCGUUCGCACGCAUCCUGAGGUUUAACGACAGAUUCACUGGACUUCCGGGAAAUCCGCGCCCCACGUGCAAGCAACACCGCGGAGGUCACAGUAAGAGGCUUUAUUGUCUGGGCAGAGACUAGUUUAAAUACUUAGCGUGUCAUUUGUUUGAUUGUAUGUUUGUUUGUAGAUCGCUGAUCUGUUUUUAGCCGUGCUACACGGCGGGCCGAGACGACACAUCCGGUUCCUUUGUUUACUGUGUUUUUGAGAAGAGCGCGGUACAGAGCCGGCGCUUCCUUUUUGCGUGUUACCGUCAGAGAUAUUGUGCGGAGAUUUACAUCUGUUAAAAGAUAAAUCUCACGUAACUGGUCUGCUUCGCUGGAAGUUUGUCUCUGACGAUGUUUUGAGAGCUUUCCUGAUCUCUCUCUCUCUCUCUCUCUCUCUCUCUCUCUCUCUCUCUCUCUCUCUCUCUCUCUCU